UACUGAGCCUGGCUUUUGGGCGUUGUUUUCGUAGCAGCAAAUUGGCUGAAAUUGAAUACUUUUACGACCGUAAGUGGGUAAAACACCUGAAUGGGACUUGUGCCAAUCUCAGUGACCAUCAAUCGCGCGCAAAUGACCAUUAAGUAUUGUGCAGCAGGCUAUUGAGGCUCUUUCAAGUACCACACCCCUAAAAGACUAUGUCCACAAUCGAAGAGGAACGCAAGGCGUACGAAAAGAAUCCAUACUUCACCGGCCACAUCUACGGCAACUUCUCGCCGUUUUAUGUGACCAUUGCCAUCUGCACGGUUGUCCUGGGCACGAUCAUUAUACUGAACAUUAUCUUGGGCUGCUGUUCCAAGCAUCGCAAGUACUGGCAGAACAGGCACACGGGUAAUCGCUGGCUGGUCUCCAUUUGGUCCGCCACGCCCCACAAUCAGCCGCCACUGGACUUCACUGAACUGAAGGACGCCUCCUACUUCCAGCGUUUCCAUCCUACAACUCAUCAGCAAGUGUUCCCCGACGACGUUGUCAUUGGCGUUGACGAUUUGGAGCCCGUGCAUUCGGCGCAUCAUCACCACCACCAGCAGCAGCACCAGCGUCCCCCACGCCCAGAGGGUCGCACUCUGCACCAGCAGCGCCAGCGCGAGGAAUACGUGGAGUUGCAGAAGCGCGAGAGCGACAUCUAA